CAUUCGCUCGAUUCAAACACUGAGUGCGUCUCUGCUGCGGUGCGUUGCGCGCAGGCUGGAGAGAGAUGACAAGAGCCCCGCGGAACUGGCCAGAGAAACAUGGAUCUCCGUAAAACGCUGAUUUCGGUGCUUUGGAUAUUAUUGCUGAACGAAGUGAAAGACUACAAUGCAGAAGAAGUGGUGCUGCUGAAUUCUAAAGAGACUCAAGCAGAGCUUGGCUGGACGUCCUAUCCCCCUAAUGGAUGGGAGGAAAUAAGCGGCGUAGAUGAGAAGUAUAAGCCCAUUCGGACAUACCAGGUGUGCAAUGUGAUGGAGCCCUUGCAGCAGAACAACUGGCUGCAGACGGGCUGGGUGGCACGUCGAGGUGGACAGCGCAUUUUUGUGGAGCUCCAGUUCACUCUGCGUGACUGCAACAGCAUCCCUGGUGUAGCAGGCACCUGCAAGGAGACCUUCAACCUCCUGUAUGUCGAGUCAGACAGGGACCUUGGAGGUGUGACGCGAGAGGACCGCUAUACCAAGAUAGAUACCAUUGCUGCUGAUGAGAGCUUCACGCAGGGUGAUCUUGGUGAGAGGAAGAUGAAGCUGAACACAGAGGUGCGCGAGAUCGGCCACCUCAAUCGUAAAGGGUUCCACCUGGCAUUCCAGGAUGUCGGUGCCUGCGUGGCACUGGUGGCUGUGCGGGUUUACUACAAACGCUGUCUCGCAACCGUCCAGAACCUGGCAGUGUUCCCCGAUACAGUGGCCGAGGCAGCGUUUGCCACGCUUGUAGAGGUGCGCGGCACCUGUGUUAACAACUCUGAAGUUGACACAGACAGCCCUCCCAGGAUGCAUUGUAGUGCCGAAGGUGAAUGGCUGGUGCCUAUUGGGAAGUGCAGCUGCAGCGCCGGCUAUGAGGAGGGACACAGCAGCUGUGAAGCGUGUCCACCUGGCUCUUACAAGAUGUCGUCCAGACAGCAGGAGUGUUUCCCCUGCCCAGCCAACAGCGUCGCAGAAGACGAAGGAUCCAUGGUGUGCUUGUGUGAGGAGGAUCACUUCAGGACUCCUUUGGACAAUCCCUCAGCGCCAUGCACACGUCCCCCAUCCCCUCCCAGAGACUUGACCUAUACUCUGAAGCAGUCCACGCUGAUCUUGGACUGGGAUGCUCCGUCCGACACAGGGGGCAGGGUGGAUUUGACCUACAGUGUGGGAUGCCGGAAGUGCAUCGAGAGGCAGUGUGAGCCAUGUGGGGCUAGCGUUGGAUUUGUGCCUCAGCAGGUUGGCCUGACAGAAAGAACUGUGACUGUGGUCAAUCUUCUUCCCAACACCAAUUACACAUUUACUGUAGAAGCCUUGAAUGGAGUGUCAGAGCUGCUGCCCAACAAGAGGUUCUACACACAAGUCAACGUGUCAACAAGCCUGCCUGCGCCAUCUCUUAUCAGCGAACUGCGAGCAGAGAAGAUCGAACAGAAGAGCAUAACCUUGGUGUGGAGAGAGCCCUCUUAUCCCAACAGCAGCCGGACUGGAUAUGAAGUCAAAUACUAUGAAAAGGAACAAAAGGAUCAGAGUUAUUCUACCGUGAAGACUGCCGCCACACGGAUCAGUGUCAACAACCUUAAGCCCGGCACCACAUAUGUCUUCCUCAUCCGCCCCUUCUCGACACCAGCUCCUUCCUCAGCCUUGUCUUCUUCCCCGCUCUCAUCUUCCUCCUCUACGUCCUCUUCCUCUUCUACAUCAUCCUCCUCUUCAUCCUCAUCCUCGUCCCCGCCGCCCAUUGAUUACGGGGCGUACAGCACUCCCCUGGAGCUGCAGACACUUGGCGAGUUGGCACUGGCGUCCAGUGAACAGAAUCCAGUGGUGAUCAUUGUUGUCGUGUCUGUGGCUGCCCUCAUUAUGCUGCUCUCCAUGGGAGCUGGACUGCUCAUCUGGAGGAGCAGCGUCUGCUCAGGCUCUUCCAAUGUAACUCCUGCUAGCGUGGUGCUGCUCUCGACCUCCUUCUCCACCCUUCCUCCUCCUCCUCUUCUUUCUCCUCUUCCUCCCUUCACAGAGCUGAUGCCCAGGCAAUGUGGCUACAGUAAGGCUUCCCAAGAGGGAGAUGAGGAACUUUACUUCCAAUUUAAGAUCCCAACACGGAGGACCUACAUUGACCCCGAGACUUGCGAAGACCUGCUUCAGGCUGUCCACGCUUUUGCCAAAGAGCUGGACAACUCGAGCAUCAAGAUCGAGAGAAUUGUGCACACAGGUGACUUUGGGGAGGUGUGCCGUGGCUGCCUGAAGCUGCCCAGUAAGAGAGAGCUGCCUGUGGCCAUAAAGACGUUAAGGGCUGGUUGUUCUGACAAGCAGCGCCGUUCCUUUCUUAGCGAAGCUGGCAUUCUUGGGCAAUUUGACCACUCUAACAUAAUCCGGCUGGAGGGCGUUAUCACCACUGGAAACACCAUGAUGAUCAUAGUGGAGUGCAUGUCUAACGGAGCCUUAGAUUCAUUCCUUAGGAAACAUGAAGGCCAGUUGAGUAUAAUGCAGUUGAUGGAUAUGCUGACCGGAGUGGCGUCGGGGAUGAAGUACCUCACCGAAAUGGGCUUUGUCCACAAACGGCUCGCCGCGCACAAGGUGCUGGUUAACUCCAACCUUGGCUGCAAGGUGUCUGGCUUCAGACCUCUUCAGGAGGACAAAAUAGAGGCCAUCUACACCACGCUGCAUGGAGGGAAAAGUGUGGUGCUGUGGACCGCUCCAGAAGCCAUCCAGUACCAUCGUUUCUCCUCUGCCUCAGAUGUCUGGAGCUUUGGCAUUGUCAUGUGGGAGGUCAUGUCCUACGGCGAGAGACCCUACUGGGAUAUGGGCAACCAGGAUGUGAUAAAGGCCAUCGAGGACGGUUUCAGGCUGCCAGCUCCAGUUAACUGCCCUCCACAUCUCCAUCAGCUGAUGCUGGACUGUUGGCAGAAGGAGAGGACGGAGAGGCCAAGCUUCAGUCAGAUCCACUCGGCCCUCAGCAAGAGCAUUCGCUCGCCUGAUGGUAUCGGUUCCUCCACACUGGCGCGAAGAACCCUGAGUUCAUCCAUUACACUAGCUGACAGGCCUCUCCCCACCUUCCCAUCUUUUAACUCUGUUGGAGAGUGGCUGGAUGCAGUAGACAUGGGCCGAUACAAGGACAACUUCACUGCUGCGGGAUACUGCUACUUGGAGUCUGUGGCACGAAUGACUGUACAAGAUGUAUUGAGCCUUGGCAUCACUUCCCUGGAGCACCAGAAGCUGAUACUGGCUGCCAUCCAGACUCUGAGAGCCCAGGUCAUCCAAAUGCACGGGCGUGGUGUGCAGGUCUAAACGGUCAACUCACCUAGUCUCGUGCUGCUGCAGAUCCUUACAUGUGUGCAGAUGGAUGAUGGGGUGGAGGCGAGGAGAGAGAGAGAGAGCUCUUCCAUACAUAAAGAUAGAUGAGCUGAUCUUUCAGCUAUUUACUCCUCCUUCCCACACUUCCUCAUGCCUUCCUUUAUUCCUUCCUUUCUCUUUUCAACAAGUCCCCCUUGAAGACUGCGAUCCGUUGUGACAUUGUGUUCAUGUCAUAACCGGGGGGGGGGAUAGCAGAGGAGUGAUGUCAUGUGACUUUUUGUGACCUCUAUCUGCACUUUGACCUUCAACACCUGCGUUGGCUCCAUCUUACUGGUUCUAGAUCAGCGCAUAAAGACAAAUUAAAAAUGUCUCUGUCUGAAGCCGAACUCUGAUCUGUGGGAGAGACGCGCACAGCAAUUUUGAACUAGAGCUCGAAGACACGUGAACAUUUGGGGUGAAAUAUCCCUUUACAACAUGAAUUCACUAAAACCAAGAUAUUCUCGAUGAAGGGAACUAUUUUAUUGGCCUUGGGUCAAAACAAUGCCUCAGAACUAGCACAGCUGAUUUCACAUCAACAGGAACUGAUUUACUACGAAGAUACAGAAUCACAUCAAGAACGGUCAAAGCUGAUCUCAUAUCAGAUGGUAAAGAAAUACUCUAAAGAAUAAACAUGGCUGGAAUGUAACUUGCGUUUUCAAAGCAGCAGGUUGGGAAGACCGUGCUAUUCAGGUUAGUGAAGCCGGAGAUUGGAUGAAGCCGCAAAGUGGCAGAAUGAGAGGGGCGAGGAUUCAUUGUAGUGCUAUAUACGUUAUCUAAAGUUUGCUCAUGGCAUGAACGGACUUAAGUAAAAAUAUUUGUGUUGAUAUUAUGCUGUUCUUUCAGCAGGGAUAUCAGCAUUCAUUUAUCCUGUUUGGUACUACUGAUGGUGAAACAAUCGCUGCAGGAUGAAAUUGUAAAGAAAAGGGUUGAAAAUGUGUUUUUGAUUGUUCAUGAAUUUGUUGUACGUCGCUGUCUGUUUCGCUACUCCUAACUACGUUUGCUUUAGUCCCUAUAUCUUUCUCUUCUUCUCCAUGCUUUCUGUGUGCAUUUAAAGCUUAAAUCAUUCCCUUUAGUUUGCUGGAUUUCAUCUGGAUAACACGAUCCUCCUCUCCAAAGGCUCUCACUACAAUGUUUAUUACUCUGUAUAGGACUCGGGCUAUCUCUGGAAGGUGGUCUGAUUUUAGAUAUUUAUCCAUAUUUAUUUAUGUUUACAGACUGCAACACAGACCUCUCCAGAGAGGAUGUUGGGAUGGUUUAUUUAAACUUAAGUAUUUAAAAAAAUAAUAAUUUGAGCAAAGCAGUUGUCUUGUUUCGUUUUUGAUCCGUUGACUUAUUUCGACUGUGAGUUUGUACCUGAACAAAUUAUUUUGUAAAGAGGAAGUGAGAGGAACACUGGAGGAUUUUUACUGUCAGCACACAGUAUCUGUGUAUUUCUAUACGCUGGAUUUGCAACAGUUAAUUUUAGGUUCGUUACCGUUUAGAUUUGCUGUAUACACAUUACAGUGUGUGCGUGUGUGUGUGUGUUGCAGUACGGAUACAGUAUUACAGAACAUCAAUGAUAUUUUUUUCCUUUUGGUUGCUAUUGGAUUGUCAGGUUUAAAUUUAUGUUGCUGUUAAUAUCAUGCUCCAUCAGACUAUAUGGUUGCACUUUUUCCAGUUAACUCCCAGAAUUCCCUGUGUACAGCAAUCUGGCUUUUCCAUUUGGUUGGGGAAGACAUUUAUCGGGGCAUUACAGAUUCACAGUAGAAGGUGCAAAAAUUAAUUGGAAUAAAUUUGGUAAAAAUGUCCCUCCUUGUACCCUCCUUUUGCUAUAAAACGCAUCACACGUAUCCAAAAAUACACCUUUUAAACAGACACACAAGACUACAAAACAGCCUGGACCUCUUCACCACGAUGAAUGAAACCGGAGAUGUUUCCCGCUCUGUCCCCCAAUAUGUUGCUGUGACCAUUACGAUAUGUUUAAUAUUGUAUAUAUGUAUUUGAAAAUGCUAAAUCUAUUUUUAUAAUUUGUUUGAAGAACAAUGUGUUGAAUAUAAUAUCUGCUCACUGUGUAAGGGUUUUAUUUGUUUGACUUUAGGGCAAUAGCCAAGAAACUCUGAUGUUUGGAAUAUACAACUGGAAAAAAAAAAAGUUUCUUUUGUUUUUGUUAGUUUUUAAAUGAUUUUUACCCGUUAGGAGAAAAUCUGAUGGCUGUUGCAAUAUUGAAAUGUGUUAUUAAAAAACUUCCAAUACGAGCACA